AUGAGGACGACUACUAUUUUCGGACCUCUGAGAGCAAGAGAUGAAAAUGAAGACGGCCAUUAUUUUUCGACCAUCUCAACCACAAAUGGCGGCAUGUGCUUCUCACGUGAAAAACAAUUGUGCUUGCAACAUAUAGAAUCAAAAAUCGAGGCGGAGUACCCCGUGGACAUUAUUGGGUCCUGUGAUAGAAUACUUUUACUGCAAGAGCAGUCGGAUGAGCCGUACAUGCUCUGCAGUCCCCUAACCGAAGAAUUCAAGAUCCUCCCGCCUGCUCAAUGGAGACUCCGCCUACCUAUUCCAGUGUUCACACACAUGUCCCGAAUGCGGCCGUUAUGCACGUUUGCAAAUUUGAAGGUUGUAAGGACAAUUAUCUUUAUGAACGAAGAUGAGGAAGACAAUCUUGUGGAUACAAUUGAGCUUAUUCUAUGA